GCCGCCCCCUUCCUCCAUCCGGUCUCGUAUCGGCCUCUUCCACUGCUCCUCGUCUCUCCGCCUCUCACCCCGACCCCUCCUCACCGAUUCCUCCACGCCACGCGCGCGCAGUAGCAGCAGAGCUCACCGACCUCUCUGGUGCCGCUCGCCUAUCCGUCCGCUCGGACCGCUCCCGCGUCUGGGCUUUGGAGGUCGCCUCCCUUCCGUAUGGCCUCCGCAUCCGCAGAAACCCUUGCCUCGCUCCCCAUCGCAUCCCCGUCCCGCUCGCUCCUCCGGCCACUCCCCCGGCGACCCGCCGCCUCCGGGGGAGGCACCCCAUCGAUCCGGAUAUCCGCCGUGCCUCCGCGGGGCCUCGGGCUCUCGCUCAUCCAUCGCCGCGUGCGCCGCUGCCCGCCGGCGGCGCGCGCGAACGUCGAGCGUGAAGGCGAAGGCCCCGGCGCCUCCGGAAACGGCGAGGCCUCCUCUGCCGGUGAUGGAGACCGCGACGCGGCGGCGGAAACGCCUGGUGAUAGCACCGGCACGAGCACGACGAGCGCGGCUGCGCCGCCGCCGCCGCAGCCCUCGUCGAAGAGGGGGGAAAAUAAGUGGCGGCGGAGGUUGCUUAAGGGCGGCGGCGUUGGGCGGUGGCUUUGGGAGCCCAUAGUGCAGGGGCGAGAGAUGGGGUUCCUCCUGCUCCAGCUCGGCUUCGCCAUAUUUGCGCUCCGCAUGCUGCGGCCGGAGAUCGCGCUGCCUGGCUCGGAGCCCCGGCCGCAGACGACGUACGUCUCUGUACCGUACAGUGACUUCUUGGCGAGCAUAGACAAGAACCAGGUAAAGAAGGUCGAGGUGGAUGGGGUGCACAUCAUGUUCCGACUCCGGCCAGAGGUUGAGGCCCGUGUGGUGGAGCAACCACCAACGCAGCGGGGAACAGAUGUUGUCGUUGAUAAUGCUGGAGUUUCCAGGAGAAUUGUCUUCACGACGACUCGACCAGUGGAUAUAAAAACACCAUACGAGAAGAUGGUGGAGAACAGUGUUGAAUUUGGAUCGCCGGACAAGAGGUCUGGCGGCAUGCUCAAUUCUGCCCUGGUGGCUCUUAUUUAUGUUGUAUUAAUCGCUGUAGUUUUGCAGCGGUUGCCAAUAAGCUUUUCUCAGCAUUCAGCGGGCCAGCUGAGGAACCGGAAGAAUUCAAACUCUGACGGAGCCAAAGUUUCCGAAAAUACAGAUAUAGUUACAUUUGCUGAUGUCGCUGGAGUAGAUGAGGCCAAAGAAGAGUUGGAAGAAAUUGUGGAGUUCCUAAGGAACCCAGAAAGAUACAUUCGUCUUGGUGCUCGUCCUCCUCGUGGUGUCUUAUUGGUGGGCCUUCCAGGGACUGGAAAGACACUUCUUGCAAAAGCCGUAGCAGGAGAAGCAGAAGUCCCAUUCAUAAGUUGUUCAGCUAGUGAAUUUGUGGAGCUAUAUGUAGGUAUGGGAGCAGCUCGAGUACGUGACCUAUUUGCUAGGGCCAAAAAGGAAUCACCAUCUAUUAUUUUUAUUGAUGAGAUUGAUGCUGUUGCAAAAAGCCGUGAUGGCCGAUAUCGCAUUGUCAGUAAUGAUGAACGUGAGCAGACACUAAACCAAUUACUCACGGAAAUGGAUGGAUUUGACACCAACUCAGCUGUCAUUGUACUGGGGGCAACUAACCGAGCCGAUGUUUUGGAUCCUGCCCUUCGACGCCCUGGGAGAUUUGACCGUGUAGUGACGGUUGAAUCUCCCGAUAGGCUUGGAAGAGAAUCCAUUCUGAAAGUUCAUGCGAGUAGGAAAGAGCUUCCACUAAGUAAAGAUGUAGAUCUAGCAGAUAUUGCUUCAAUGACAACUGGUUUUACUGGAGCAGACCUUGCAAACUUAGUAAAUGAAGCUGCUUUGUUGGCUGGGAGAUCAAAUAAAGAAAUAGUGGAAAAGAUUGACUUCAUCCGUGCGGUUGAGCGCUCUAUAGCUGGUAUAGAGAAAAAACAUGCAAAACUGAAGGGUAAUGAAAAGGCUGUUGUUGCACGGCAUGAAGUUGGCCAUGCACUUGUGGGAACUGCUGUAGCGAACCUUCUGCCUGGGCAGCCACGUGUGGAGAAAUUGAGUAUAUUGCCGAGAUCAGGAGGUGCAUUAGGCUUUACGUACAGCCCUCCCACCACAGAGGAUAGAUAUUUGCUCUUUGUUGAUGAACUGCGUGGCCGUCUAGUAACACUUCUGGGCGGGCGGGCAGCAGAGGAAGUUGUUUUAGGAGGGCGGGUUUCUACUGGUGCACUGGAUGACAUAAGGCGUGCUACUGACAUGGCUUACAAAGCUGUAGCAGAAUACGGUCUUAACCAGCGCAUCGGCCCAAUAUCACUAGCUACACUAUCAAAUGGUGGACUAGAUGACUCCGGUGGUUCUCCAUGGGGAAGGGAUCAGGGCCAUCUAGUUGAUCUUGUCCAGCGGGAAGUAAAAACACUUCUACAAUCGGCACUCGAAGUAGCUCUUUCGGUUGUUCGUGCUAAUCCUGCAGUUUUGGAAGGGCUUGGAGCAUAUUUAGAAGAGAAUGAAAAGGUUGAGGGCGAGGAGCUUCAAGAGUGGCUGAAGUCUGUUGUUGCACCAAAAGAGCUGACCUCUUUUAUUAGAGGACAGCAAGAGAAUGCUCUUCAGCUGGAAGCAGGGUCCUAGCAUAAGGAGUAUACAGUGGACUCUUAAAAUGAAUUACUUUACAAAACUAGCCUCAACAAUUAAAAAAACUCUGUCAGUUCCGAGGUAUGCAAUGGAAAAUCUACAUGCCGGGAACAUGCCACUGGCCUGGCAGUGCUGAGGCUGUUCAACUUCCCCACCCUCCCAGGUUAAGUCCGGGAUCAGCUCGGGCACCCUCCCAUUCUUCAGUAACUGCCAGAGGUUCUGGUCAAUUUUCAAAAAAUGAAACCUGGAUGACCAAGUGAUGAUGUACAUAUCUAAGGUCGCGGUUCCUGGACCCUUGACUAAAAGAACUCCAGAAAAGAUUCAUAUCGAGUUGUAACUGCAAUCUCCGGAAUCAGAUGUUUAUAGAUUAGGUUGGUGAUACACAUGUAAAAGAACAUAUUUUUCCUACGCCUGCCUUGACCUCUUCAUCCUAUUGAAAGUUUUCUUUUUUCCUUUUAAAUCAUCAUAUUAGAAAACAUCAAUAGGAUAAUUCAUGUACGGACUAUGGUUCCUGUAACAAUAUACUUCAGGCUUUUACUCCUUUAUUUGGCCAAAAUUCGCGUUAAGGAUGUUAUUUCACUGGA